GCAUCUUGCCUGGAUUACGCCCGUCCAAGCAGAGCCAAGCCGUGCCGUUCGCUCUCACCGCUCCAAGGUCCCCGAUGUCGUUCCCCCGUUCCAUAGCAUCCACCUGACCACUGCGCCGCUCAUCCGCAUUGCAGUACCAGUAGGGCGGCGGUUUACAUACACGGCCGGGCCAUGGAACAGAGCCGUGGUAGCAGUUCACGCCUGCGCUUUCUUGUAGCCGUCCUCUUGUUCGAGCUCGUCUCCGCUGCCGCGGCGAUUACCCGGGAUGACUUCCCGGAGGGGUUCGUCUUCGGCGCAGGCUCGUCGGCUUACCAGGUCGAAGGCGCGUGGGCGGAGGACGGGAAGAAGCCGAGCAUCUGGGACACAUACACGCACCAGGGCUAUGCAUUCGACCAUGCGACGGCAGACGUGGCCGCAGAUCAAUAUCACAAGUACAAGGAAGAUGUGAGGCUCAUGCAUGAGAUGGGCCUGGACGCCUACAGGUUCUCAAUCUCCUGGUCACGGCUUAUUCCAGAUGGGCGAGGAGCUGUAAACCCAAAGGGGUUGGAGUACUACAACAACCUCAUAGACGAACUCCUCAAACAUGGAAUACAGCCUCACACGACCAUCUACCACUUCGACCUUCCUCAGGCUCUUCAAGAUGAAUACAAUGGCUUGCUCAGUCCUAGAAUCAUAGAGGACUUCACAGCGUUCGCGGACGUGUGCUUCAGGAGCUUCGGCGACAGGGUGAAGCACUGGACCACCGUGAACGAGCCCAACAUCGAGCCACUUGGUGGCUACGACGUGGGCUACCUCCCGCCACGGCGGUGCUCAUCCCCGUUCGGGUUCCCAGGAAUCACGUGCGCCGAGGGAAACUCCACUACGGAGCCGUACAUCGUCGCUCACCACCUGCUGCUCGCGCAUGCCUCCAUGGUGUCCCUCUACAGACGCAAAUACCAGGCUGUGCAAGGUGGACGGAUCGGGAUCACGUUGCUCGCCUGGUGGUAUGAGCCGGCCACAACGAAACCAGAGGAUGUGGCAGCAGCCGAAAGAGUGAAUGACUUCACACUCGGAUGGUUCUUGCAUCCUUUGGUAUACGGAGACUAUCCACCGGUGAUGAAGAGGAACGCCGGGUCCAAGCUGCCGGCGUUGACAGCCGAGGAGUCAGCGAGGGUGCGCGGUUCGUUUGAUUUCGUCGGGGUCAACCAAUACGGCGCCAUCUAUGUUGCAGACGACCCAAGCCAGCUGAAACACGAAUUGAGAGAUUAUUCAGCCGACGAGGCGACCAAAUAUGUCACUCAGCCGUUCGAGAGCUCAAGACACCAGGAGUUUAAGCAGCGUGGACUCGGGCUGGGCAACCACGACGCGCCAUGGGCUCUGAGGAAGCUGCUGGAGCACCUGCAGACGAAGUACGCGAACCCUCCGGUCUUUAUCUACGAGAAUGGAGCUGGGCACGAGCCGGACCCGUCGGGCGGACUCCUGUACGACGACGAGUUCAGGUCCCGUUUCUUGCAGGUUUACAUCGAAGCGGCGCUGCAGUCUAUCAGGAACGGGUCGGAUGUGCGCGGCUACUUCGUGUGGUCAUUCAUGGACGUGUUCGAGUACAUCUUCGCCUACAAGUUCCAGUUCGGCCUCAUCGGCGUCGACUACGGUGCCGAGGGGAGGACGAGGUACGCCCGGAGCUCGGCGCGGUGGUACGCGGGCUUCCUCCACGGCGGCGAGCUCAGAACGGUGGCGCCGGAUGGCUCCAGAGCCUCGUCAUGAUUGACCCAACAUAUGUCGGCGCGGCGCAGAGCACAAAUGAUGCUCCACCGGCCACUAUUUUUUUCCUUCUCAUAAAUAAUGGUUGAUCAAGGUCAGCCUGGCCUUAUGAUUUCAAAAAAAAAAAAAGGUCAGCCUGGCCUUCCACAUAAUCCAUUCAUUUUUAUGUAAUACACACCAUGCAUGUACACACCUCCGUUUUGGAAAUAAGUGACUUGAUUUUGAUUU